UCAGUGGGGACGCUGCGUUCAGGAGCACCGCGCCAUGGUAACUCCACUGGACCGGGAGGCUAUUAAGUGACAUUAAGAAAGGAUCGUGUCAACAGGAAAUGAAGGCACGGCUCGUUGAUGUUCCGUCAGUGUACCGGUGGAUUCAUUAAUACUGGUCUUGUGCCAGUCAGCAGGCUGCCUGAAGCUGUAGGCUGCAUGGCACGUUAGAGAUGGUGAUUACAUUUUGAGUAUCGCGUUAAUUCAAGCGGCUACUAUGUUGCAAUCGCUCGUCCGGACCCGUGUUGCUCAACCCGGAGCUGCACCAUAGCCCACUCAGUCCUCUCAUCAAUUGCACGGCAACUGAGCGGUGGUCAGCGGUGCGCCCCGGUUCCGCCUGCCCGGCGGCACCCCCGACGAGGAUGGCCGGCAGCCGCGGUUGCAUGAACUCGCUCUGGUCGGGUACCGAGCGCGUCCGCAUCGGAGAGCGCCUCAAAGCGACGCUUGCCGGGGUGCUGGAGCUGGAGCUGCUCAGGUGCAAACACCUGGAGAUGGUGGACACCGCACUGGAGGACCGAGCCUCUGCUACCGCCAACACCGAAGAGCCACAGGCGGAGGAGGCGAGCAGAACCCCGGAGAGCGCCGCCUCGGAAGCCGAGCAUGGCUCUGCGACAUCCCGCAGGCAACAGGCUCCCUCAGAUACAGUGAUAUUUCCCUGUCAGAGCAGCUCAGAGGACUAUGGCAGUAAUUCAGGGGACGGGACGGUCCACUCCUCAACUUGCAGGGGGAAUAACUCACGUUGGUCCACUCUGUCCUGGGACGCCCCGUCUGACCUGCUUUCGCCCCCAACACCAGACGCUGGCGGUACGGUCCAUCUGGACAGCGACUCCAGACCUAGUUCAGGUUUCUAUUCAGUGAGCGGGAGCUCUCUCUCGGACUCUUGCUACUCUGUGUCCAGUGACGCUGCUCAGGGAGGAUCGGUGCCACCAGCCAGACCCCUGAAGCUGUGGGAGCAGGUUCCUCUGUCCGCUGACAACACUGACAUCCUGUGGUCAGAAAGUACGGUGCCUCAACAGCAGCCUGCAUUGCAGAGCAGCCUGGAAGACGCUGAACCCACAGAAGGGACACCAGCUUCAGUCCAAAGUGACAUUGAAGCGACUGGUCUGAGCUUUCUGUCUGAUCUCUGCUCAGGACUCGGUGACUCCCUGAUGUCUUCCCUCCUCCCCCUUCUUGACUCCACCUCCUCUUCCUCCUCCUCCUCUUCCCUCCAUCCAAACCCCCAAAUGGACCCUCGCUACUGCAUAGACCUGGUGUCCCGUCGGACCAAAGAAGUGUACCCCUACCCCAGCCCGCUGCAUGCCGUCGCCCUCCAGAGUCCCCUCUUCACCUCCCAGAGCCGGGAGCAAUCAGCCUCUCCAAGCCCUGAAGGAGCCCAAAUAGAUGAAUCACAAGAGUCCAAUGCUGAUCCAACUCUGCUUCUCCAGCCCCCUGCCCUGGCUUCUUUCACCCAGCUGGAGCAGUACAUCUCUCGACUGGCUCGCCAGUACCAAAGUCGAGUAACUUCCUCCACCUCCAAUCUCACUUCAGCUGCCACCCCAGGUCAAGUCAGGCACAGAGGCCUUUGUACCCCUGGCAAAAGUCACGGUUCUACGCAGUCCCUUUCUGCCUUUGAGAGCCGCAGUACACCCUCCACCCUGCUAGGGGGCAGCAUCACUCCCUGUAAGUCACUGCUGGGUAACUCCGCCAGAAUUAGCCUGAGCACCACGGGGAAAAAAGCCACUAGGAAUUCUAUCAACCUGGGUAACCUUCCUUCAGCAACCGGAGAGGACGUGAACAUAAAUCUGCACCUGAACUUUAACUUGAACCUGACUCCUGGUUUAAAUUCUAGCCGGGGACUGGUGGACAAUCCCAAAAAUGGCAGCUGUGGAGCUUUGAAGAGCAACUUUGCUUCAGCUUCCACGGCCUCUGCUACAUCACUCUCCUCCGCUACACCCGCCCCGGCACUUAGGGCUCGCCCUCGCAUUUCAACAUGUCCAAGCAGCCUGAGCCACCGCAGUUCCCUGGAGGUCACUUCAGGGUCUGGACCCAAUUCUGGAUUUGGAUCAUCUACCUUCUGUCGCUCAUUAGACUGGAGCAGCGGUGCUCCACCUGACACUGGACCAUCAGUGUUUGGUACAAAUUCUGGAUCAGCUCCUAGGUCUCAGCGCAGUAGCUUCAUCCAAGAGUCCAGCUCCAGUCCCAAGAUAAGCGAAGACUCCCCCAUGGUGGAGGAGAUCUCCCGCCUCUCAGGCCUCUCCAGGUCUGUCGUGGUCGGACUGAUGGAACAAGGUGUGGAGCUGGAUAUUGACUGCUUCCAAACAGAUACUGCAGGCGAGGUGAGGGGUCACAGUAAAAAUCACUUGACAGCCCAGUCAGAUCAGUCACAUGACUACACUAGACUGACCGACCUGAAUCCCCAGAGACCAAUACAGCUGUCUCUCAGUGUCACCCAUUCUCCACAGUCUCAGUCCAGCAUCACCCCUCCUCUUUCACACUCUAGCAGCCCCAUACACCCUUAUCAGUCCAUCCAUAUUCCCUCACCCCACUACUCCUCACACUGCCACUACCAGCAGAUCCCUUCCCCAUCCGAUCUUCCCUCCUCCACAGCCUCCUCCCCUGCCUCCCGCCCCACCACCAGGGGCCGAUCACCUCCCCGGCCUCUCCAGCCAUCCCCUCUGGGUGCCACCCCGCUCUCGGUUUUCCGUCGGGAUGCGCCCUUCCAGUGCUCCCUACCUCGCACCAAUACGAGGAGCUCUCCUUUGGAGCAUAGCGGUAUCCAACCAAGGGGUGGAUCACUUCGGCAGGGUGGGGGAGGAAGUGGGGGGAGUGGCGGGUGGAAGAGGGUGGAAGGGGAGGGGCUUUAUAGAGGAAAGCAUGCCUCCCACAAGUUGAUCCGGGCAUCCACGGUAAGCAGCUACGCCAAGAGAGAGGACUAUAGCUACGAUUGGGCUGAGGAGCAGGAGAGGGAGCGAUCAGCAGCCCAGACACCCAGGAAGACCUCCAACAAACUCUGGAGGGGCUUUGAGGGACGCAUCUGGGGCAAAGAGUCCGAAAGCGAAAGAGAGGAGAUGGACAGAGCUGAGUAUGGCUACAGGUGGAGGAGGAACAGCGUUGAAAGCUGGGGGAGGGAGCAUCGAAGGGGGAAGGCCUCAUCUAGCAGCAAUGACAAGAGGCCAAAAGUUGAGAACUCCCCCAUCUUCUCAAAGAAGAGGGCGAAGGAAGAUGGGGAGAGAUGUAGCACCAGCCUCAGGCUUUCCAGGAGGGCGUUGUUCAGGAGUGAGUCCCAAGGCUUGCUGGUGUCACGUAACCACGCCGAGGAGCCCCCAAAGCGGGCACACUGGGUCUCCUCAUUAGAUGUGGGGCAAGGAGGCAUGGGCCUCAGCAAACACGAAGGCGUCAGACGGCUGAGAGCAGAGCAAGACAAACGUCUGUCCUCCACAGCAAGCCUCUUUAACCUCUCUCGCUCUCAGAGCCUGGAAGGCAGCUGCCAUUCCCUCUCCCCGCUCUCCUCCCCUUCCUUCUCUCCAUCCCCUCCUCCACUGAUGCCCCUGCAGCGCUCUCGGUCACUGAGGGACUUGGGGAGGAGAGUGUUUGGCUCCAUGAGGUCCCUGAGUCUCAAACGGAAGCCAUCCAAGAAAUGACACUUGUACAAUAACAUAACCAUCACAGUAAAUGCAUCUUCUACGUGUUACGUUCAAAACACCAGUGAUGGUUGGUAUUAUAUUUCGUGUAAAAGGAAGUGCCA